GAGACCGGCGGUCGGUCGGUGCCUGCGUGGGGUCCGCCGUGUCGUGGCGAACUGCCCCGUGCGCACUGCGCAGGUCGAAGAAGACGACGAAGGAGACCGAAACGCAGAGACCGAACAGGACUCCACCGACGCAGUAGCGAGCCACCCAGAAAUCGACAUUCGUCCACCUCUCCCGCACUUCGCGAAGAGCAGCAGCCGAGGAAGAAGAAGAAGAAGAAGAAGAAGGAACGUCUGCCGGGCUCUGAAACCGAUGCUUCUCCAUCUCCUUCUUCUUCUUACUCCGCGUCGCUUCUGUACGGUCAUUCCCGCCGCUGCGUAGCUACGCCUUCCUCGCGCGUUAAUCCGCCGGAGCGGCCGAGAUCUGGGGGGCCGUACCCCGUUGCGCCGAGCUUCUUCCACAGGAAGACAGCUCGGUUGCCGAGUCGCUGCGUCUCGCGAAGUGCCGUCGGAUUUCUAGCCGACGAGCGCGAGCCGCGGCGAGGCACGGCGGCCGUGGAGAUCAGUCCGCAUUGGCGGCGGUUUCACCGGAGGAGGCGUGUUCUGUCUUCUUCUUUUUUCCUUUUGGUCGAUUGGAACUUAACCCUCUGGAAAAUUCCUUGCUCGCUAUGGUGGGCUGGGAGUAUCAUGGGCAGCAUUGCGGUCUUUGAUAAGUUACGGCACUGGAUUGUUGAAAGAAUGUUCUGUGAAUGCAGUAUGACUUGUCGCCCGGUUACUAGUCUUUGACUGGAGGGGUAGAUUGAGAGCUGGUAUUGUACGCUGAGCUGCGUGCUUUUUCGAGGGGGCGAAGAUGGUGUUGGCAUGGGAUCAGGCCGCUGGUAUAGCCCAACUCACGGGACUCGACGCGACUCGAUUGAUUGGAAUGAUAGUGCAGGCGGCGAAUAGGGCGCGGCUGCACAAGAGGAACUGUCGGCAGUUCGCUCAGCAUUUGAAGCUGAUCGGUAACUUGUUGCAGCAGCUGAAGAUAUCGGAGCUAAAGAAGUACCCCGAGACGAGGGAGCCUCUGGAGCUGCUCGAGGACUCUCUCAGAAGGGCCUACCUUCUGGUCAACAGCUGCCAGGAGCGGAGUUACUUCUAUUUGUUGGCUAUGGGGUGGAACAUCGUUUAUCACUUUAGGCGAGCCCAGAAUGAGAUUGAUCAAUACCUGAAAAUCAUCCCUCUCAUCACCCUUGUCGACAAUGCUAGAGUUCGGGAGAGAAUGGAAACUAUUGAGAAGGAUCAACAUGAGUAUUCUCUAGAUGAAGAUGACAGGAAGGUGCAGGAUAUAAUCCUACAACGAGAACAGUCAAAGCAUGAUGCCAUGCGGUUAAAAAAAUCUCUUUCCUGUUCCUACCCCAAUCUUGGAUUUGGUGAGGCGCUGCGAAAGGAAAAUGAGAAGCUUCAGCUGGAACUACACCGUUCUCAAGCUACUUUGGAUAUGAGCCAGUGCGAAGUGAUUCAACAUUUGAUCGAUGUCACGGAAACUGUUACAAUGAAUAUGGCGUCAGAGAAUGAUUCCCCAAAAAAGGGAUCCAAAGGGGUUAUAAACAGUGCUUCAGACGCUAAUAAUGAAAAGAAUCAUCCUUCAGAUGAAAGCCGUUCUAAGAAAAGUGAUUGCUCUACACCUAAAAGAAAAGUGCCCACUAUCUUGUCAGGCCAUGAAGCAUUUUCAGUUAGAGGUUUGCAUCAACAUGAAGAAUGGCAUGCUGACUUGCUUGGCUGUUGUUCAGAACCACUUCUGUGUGUCAAAACACUCUUAUUCCCUUGUGGCACAUUUUCAAGGGUUGCUACUGUGGCAUCUAACAGGCAUAUAUCCUCGGCAGAAGCAUGUAAUGAGUUGAUGGCUUACUCAUUGGUAUUGUCAUGCUGUUGCUAUACUUGCUGUGUCAGGAGGCGGCUUCGCAUGUUAUUGAACAUCCAGGGGGGAUGGUUUGAUGAUUUCCUCUCCCACUUCUUGUGCUGUUGUUGUGCCCUCGUUCAAGAAUGGCGGGAAGUGGAGAUACGUGGAGUAAAAGGUCCAAUGAAGACCGAAACCAGCGCUCCAUCCUUGCAGUACAUGCAAUCUUAAAUUGGAAGGAGGAAACAACUGUACAUUAAUCAGAAGUUUUAAGUACAAUUUAGUCUUGACAUACACGUAGAGAGGUAACGUUUGCUUCCUUUGUUUCUUCUUAUUUCUUAGGCUGCCUCAAGUCGGAUGAGUCUGCUGUGCCUAAGAUAGCCCCGACUAGAAGUAUCUCUUCAUCAUUCCAGGAUCUGUUUAUCAUGAACCACAUGGAGAGGAUAUCUUGUUCAAGAAUAGUGGGUUUUGACCUCUAUUAUCUUGUGUGUUCUAUUCUUUCAA